UAGAAGCUGUUGGUUUGAACAGAACCACAUAACUUCGAGAGCAAAGAUGCGGACAAAACCUGUAGAUUAGGCUCCAGUGAAAUAAAGUAGACAUACAAGGAGAAAAAUCAGCAGGACGAGCUGUGCAGUUUGUGCUAUCUGUAGCGGUGUAAUGGGAACAGCUGCAGGCGCCAUGCGCGUCUUGCUGAUUCUUGUGGCUGCCGUUUUGUUCAGCGCACAUCCGAGCAGAACUGAGGGGUGUUCAGGCUCAUCAUGUGGGAGGUGUGACUGCAGCGGUGUAAAAGGGUCAAAGGGUGAGAGAGGUUUACCUGGCUUACAAGGCAAUAUGGGAUUUCCUGGUGUGCAAGGUCAUGAGGGCCCCCAAGGGCCAAUAGGACCAAAGGGAGAUCAUGGUGAGCCCGGAGCUCAAGGAAUGAAAGGAACACGUGGCCCUUCUGGUUUACCUGGUAUUCCGGGCAUUCCUGGGCACCCGGGUAUCCCAGGUCAAGAUGGUCCACAGGGACCACCGGGUAUCCCAGGCUGCAACGGAACAAAAGGGGAUCGAGGUAGAGAUGGAAUCCCAGCCGUAGCAGGAUUACCAGGACGACCAGGUUUUCCAGGUGAUCCAGGAAUGAAGGGUGACCCAGGUGGCAUUAUCAAUGGGUUUAUUCCUCAGAAAGGAGAUAGAGGAUUUUCAGGAUCACCAGGAUUACCAGGCCCACCAGGAAACCCUGGACUACCAGGACCAGUUGGCCCACAAGGAGUAGAUGGGAUUCGAGGAUAUACUGGUGAACCUGGCCCUCCCGGACCUCCUGGUGAUAAGCUUUCUUUUGUUGGUCCGAAAGGUGAAAAGGGUGAAAAAGGUCUCACAGGUCCACCAGGGCCCCCUGGAAUUCCCAGAGAGCUUGGAGGAACUACGUUAACUUAUAUACCAGGACCAAAAGGUGAUAAAGGGGAAUCUGGACAAAAGGGUGACAUGUGUUCAAUAUUUCAACCAGGAAUCAAAGGUGAACCAGGACCUCCAGGCCUAUUAGGAAAAACGGGAAAGGAUGGAGAAAGCGGAGCUAAGGGGGAAAAAGGUGAUGCUGGUGUUCAUGGCUUUUCUGGCAUGAAGGGGCAAAAGGGAGAGAAAGGACCUCCAGGAUAUGGUGGUGGUGCACCAGGCCCUCCUGGUCCUCCAGGCUUACCAGGACCAGUUGGAGAGAUAGGCCCCAUGGGGUUUCCGGGAGAACCUGGUCCCCCAGGUAAACACCUUGAGGGUCCUCCUGGAGAGAGGGGCUUUCCUGGAGAGAAUGGACAGAAAGGAGACAAAGGUGCUGAUGGAGAGUCUCUCAGAGGACCCAAUGGAGCUGAUGGAUUUCCUGGUCCACCUGGACCACCAGGGCCAUUAAGUGAGGACUGUGACAUUAGUUAUGGAGAACCAGGCCCUCCAGGACCUCCUGGCUUGCAAGGAGAGGUGGGACAGAAAGGUGACAAAGGAGAUACUUGUAUACAAUGCUCUGCUAGUGGACCUCCAGGUUUACCUGGUGCUCAGGGGCCAAAAGGAAAUCAAGGUUUUCCUGGACAAGCAGGUAGUAAAGGAGAAAAGGGUGAGAUUGGCCCUGCUGGACCUUCUGGAUUUCCGGGGCAGGAUGGCUCUCAAGGUUUGAGGGGUGCUCCUGGGGCAAAAGGUGAACCAGGUGAUAUCUAUAUAUCCCCAGAGCUGAAGGGAGAGAAGGGCUCACAAGGGUUUCCUGGUAGUAGGGGAUUGCCAGGCAUAGAUGGAAUUCCUGGAGCAGAUGGGCGUCCAGGUCUGUCAGGACAGAAAGGAGAACCAGCUAGAGAGGGUAUUAAAGGUGACCGUGGUCUGGAUGGAGAUCCUGGCAUAAGAGGACCCACUGGAGAAAAAGGACUCCCAGGUCUUCCUGGAUUUGGCCGGCCUGGAGAGCCAGGAGAAAAGGGCAGUCCGGGAGCUCCUGGUUUUCCAGGAAAACCAGGAAUACCAGGACUUAAAGGUGAACCUGGAAAAGUUUUAAGUACACCAGGACCUCCAGGUCCACCAGGACCUCGUGGUGACUCAGGAUUGAGAGGCCUUCAAGGUGAAAGGGGUCCUGUUGGAGAUCAAGGAUUGCCAGGAUUACCAGGUGAAAAAGGCAACCCUGGACUUUCAGGAAUUGGAUUUCCAGGUCCACCAGGUCUAAAAGGUCACUCUGGUUUACCAGGUGCACCAGGAUUCCCGGGAGACCCUGGCGAUCCAGGCCAGGAUGGUUCUCCUGGACGUCCUGGAACUCCUGGACAAAAAGGUGAACCUGGCAUUGGCCUCCGUGGACCCAAGGGCUCUAUGGGACAGCCAGGAGUUCAAGGGUUUGCAGGUGAAAAGGGUAACAUAGGAAUGCCAGGUGUACCUGGAGUUGAAGGAGAACCUGGACCACCUGGUCCUCAGGGUAUAAAAGGUGACUCUGGCCCCCCUGGAUUCCCAGGUUUGACAGGACCACCUGGACCCCCAGGACUCGGGGAGCCUGGACUACCUGGACCAAUGGGACCUCCUGGAGAACCUGGACCCUUAGGUCGUAUUGGUGAAAAGGGAGAGAAAGGUCCCCAAGGUUUUCCUGGUCCUGCAAUGCCUGGUCUACAAGGUGAGAAAGGCAACCCUGGUUCACCUGGAUCACCAGGCCCUAAGGGGUUGCCAGGGGAACCAGGAAAUCCAGGUAAAGAUGGAUUCCCUGGGGAGAGAGGUCCCAAAGGAGAUAUUGGAAUAAUGGGAAUUCCAGGGUCACCUGGAUUCUCGGGUCAAAAAGGAGUCCCUGGAUCCAUCGGACCAAGAGGUGACCCCGGCUUGAGUGGGCCUAGGGGAGAGUUUGGUGAACCAGGCCCUAAAGGAGAGAGAGGAGAUCCUGGUCUUCAAGGACCACCUGGUAAUAUGACUGAUGUGGAAAUGGAGCAUAUGAAAGGAGAGAAGGGAGACAGCGGAAUCAGAGGGGAUCCAGGUGCUACAGGACAGAAGGGAGUCCCUGGAGAACCUGGAGAUCCUGGAAUGCGUGGAAAGGAUGGAAUGCCUGGUUCAAAAGGAAAGCCAGGUGAUAAAGGUGAUCAAGGAUCUCCUGGACCAACAGGACCAGAUGGACAGCCUGGACUAAAGGGCAACAUUGGAGACAUGGGAUUGCCAGGACCAUCUGGAGCAAAAGGCAGUAAAGGUGUUGCUGGCCAUCCUGGCCAUACUGGGUUUAAGGGCGAUGCAGGGGAAAAAGGUGAAAAAGGACUAGCAGGUCUACCAGGAAUAGGAAUUCCUGGCCUCCCUGGAGAGCAGGGUGAAAUGGGUCCACCUGGUUUUCCAGGGGAGUCUGGAGAGAAGGGUGUGAAAGGUUCCAUGGGAAUCCCAGGCAUACCAGGAAUGUCAGGGCAAAAAGGAGACCAAGGACUGAUUGGUUACCCAGGUAGCCCUGGGGUACCAGGUGAAAAAGGAGCCAUUGGGUUACCUGGACUUCCAGGGCAGCCUGGCCUUAAAGGACAGCCAGGUGAACCUGGUCUGCAGGGUCCCCCAGGGCCACAAGGGACGAAAGGAGAGUCAGGAAAAGAUGGAUUCCCUGGAGCUGCUGGAGAAAGGGGUGUUCCAGGUACACCUGGUACAGGCUUUCCUGGAACCCCUGGGCAGGCAGGUGCAAAAGGUGAUAAAGGCAACCCAGGUCCCCCUGGCAUGGCUGGAAGCCCUGGUGUUCCUGGAACCAAAGGAGAGAAAGGCUUACCUGGAUUUCAAGGUAUUCAAGGUGGACCUGGUGAAAGAGGACUGCCAGGACAAUCAAUGGAGGGGACUAAAGGGGAUAAAGGAGUUCAGGGAGAGCCUGGAGAACCAGGGCAGACUGGUGCUCCAGGUCCAGCAGGUGUUCCAGGAAGUGAUGGAGCUAAAGGAGAGAAAGGAGACAAAGGCUUCACAGGCAUCCCGGGUCCUCAGGGUUUGAAAGGCGAUAAAGGCUUCACUGGCCACCCUGGUGAACCUGGCAUUACAGGCAGUAAAGGACUAAAGGGUGAAAUGGGACCUUCAGGUCUUCCUGGCUUCGAAGGAAUAAAGGGUGAGACUGGAUUGGCUGGUUUCAAAGGAGAAACUGGUGACAGAGGAUUUCCAGGAUCUAAAGGUAAUGACGGCCCUCCUGGACCUCCUGGACCCCAUACCUUUGUAAAAGGAGACAUUGGUUUCUCAGGUCCACAGGGUCCCCAAGGUUUACCAGGUCUUCAAGGAUAUCCUGGACUAAAAGGACAGCAAGGAUUGAUUGGUAUACAGGGUAUUAAAGGAGAAGAUGGGGCACCAGGAUUUAAUGGGAUUCCUGGAGUUAAAGGAGAACCUGGGCAUACUGGGCCUUCUGGACCCAGAGGAUAUCCAGGUCCCCCAGGUCCUGAUGGUGUCCCAGGUCAGGUUGGCCCUCCUGGACCCUCUUCCAUGGACCAUGGCUUUCUAGUGACUCGGCACAGUCAGUCAAUUGAUGUGCCUUUAUGUCCACAAGGCACCACUAUGAUCUAUGAUGGGUACUCCCUCCUGUACGUGCAGGGAAAUGAGCGGUCCCAUGGCCAAGACCUGGGUACGGCUGGUAGCUGUUUGAGGAAAUUCAGCCCCAUGCCAUUCCUCUUCUGUAACAUCAACAAUGUGUGCAACUUUGCCUCACGUAAUGACUAUUCCUACUGGCUCACAUCUCCUGAGCCCAUGCCUAUGAACAUGGCUCCAAUCACUGGCGAGAGCAUCAAACCUUUCAUCAGCAGAUGUGCAGUGUGUGAGGCUCCUGCCAUGGUGAUUGCUGUGCACAGUCAGACUAUAGCCAUCCCAUCCUGCCCUCAAGGCUGGAUCUCUCUGUGGAUUGGUUAUUCGUUUGUCAUGCACACCAGUGCAGGUGCUGAGGGCUCCGGUCAGGCUCUGGCUUCUCCUGGCUCCUGUCUGGAAGAGUUCCGCUCUGCUCCUUUCAUUGAGUGUCAUGGCCGUGGCACCUGCAACUACUAUGCUAAUUCCUACAGCUUCUGGUUGGCCACCAUUGAGGAUAAUGAGAUGUUUAGCAAACCUAUCCCCACCACACUAAAGGCUGGGAAUCUGCUAACUCACAUCAGUAGGUGUCAAGUGUGUAUGAAGAGGACUUAACCUGGUCACACCCCUUCUUCUGCAUUCAGCUUUUAUGUUCCAGUUUUACAAAAAACAAAAAAAACAGCAUGGUGCUACUUCAGAGAGAGAGAGAGGAGAUGGACUUAGAAAGCGUUCUUUCAGACUUAAGAAUGCUGAUUGAAACAAAAUAAGAUGUUCGAGAAUGACAGGAACCCAAAACCUGUUGCUUCUGCUCCAUAUAGAACACUAUAUUAAUAUCCUCAUUGUCUGGCCUAAAUAAAUGACACCUGUUUGCAAUUGCACUGACUACAUACAUUAGUAAACAGGCUGCCAUUUUAAAAACAGGUCUUUGGAAUCAUGUUUUAAUGAAAACAGCUGUUUUUUUUUGGUUCAAAUUCUAAGUACUGUUUUGCCCAGCUUACUUAACACCAAAAAUAAUUAUUGUUUAUCUCUCUCUUUUUUCCCCACUCAUUUUUUUUAUCAUCAUAUACUAACUUUAGAGAUUUGGGUUUUCUUUCUAGUAAAUACCAUAAGUUAUGUCCGUCAUUCAUGUAGUCCAGCAGCCAGGAUGUACUUUGUACUCUGUUGUAAAUAUAUGGCUUUGUUUAAUAAUUAACAUCUUGUCAGCAUAAUCUCUUCAGGUAAAUACAUUUAAUUUUGUCAUAGUUAUUUAUGAAGGCUAUAAGAGCAUAAUGAGACCAAGGGCACAUUUUGUAUAUGGCCAUUUCCACUCUGUUGACCAAGUCAAAAUAUAAUCUGCAAUUUGAUUUAGGCACAUAAUGGUGAAUUGUAGAAUUGAGCACCAUAUGCUUUAGUAAGCAUAUAUCUGUGUAUAGCUUUAAAUCAGGUGAUUAUUAUUUCAGUGCCAGGGAAUGCAGUGGGGGAAAACAUGUUUACAUCAUACAAGCAAUAUCAGCAUUUUUUGCAAACAGUGUGCAAUGUGUGUGUGUGCACAUUUUGCCAUCCCUCAGUGGCCUCACCUCAUUAAUUGAGAGGACAUUUUCCCAGUUUGUCUGAUUAGUUCUCACUCUUACACACAACAGUGUAUCUCAGUGGUGUGAGUCCUUUCAAAACAGAUCAACACAUUUCUUAAGACAUUUCAGCCAAAUUCCCUGAUUCACAUAAACACUCCUGCAUUCUCCUUUUCUAAUCUGAAGCUGAAAAUGUAUAUAUGUGACUAGGUGCACUUCUCAAGGCCAGCUUUAAGAGUUUUGCCAUGCAGGUGAUAUCAUAUGCAAGGUGCCAUGAAACUGAUCACAGUUGCAAUGUUCCUUUCAUCUGUUUGUUAAGUGAAUGCUAGACCAAAGAAUAUGCACAUAUGCACAUACCUAGUUUUACACUGACUAUACUUGACUUUACAAAUAUAUAUUUCAGGAUCCCAUAUAUCCUCCACAUAGAACAUAUUCAGUUUUAACUAUGCCACUGUUUCAGCCAAAGAUUGGCAUCCAACAUAGCAUAUUCUAAUGUUAUCUUUAGUGAAUGUGAGGCUGUAAAUCCUCAUAAUUUACAAGAGGUUUCCCCUAGUGUUUCCGCUUUUUUUUAAUAUAAGGAUUUACUUUAAGGUGCCCAUAAAAAACUUGUCCUGGUUUAUCUCACACCAGCUGAAUGUAUUCUUUCAUGUAGCAUCACUAACCCCACUUACAGGUUAUUGUGCUUUGGGGUUUUUGCUGUUGUUGUCUUCCCCGUGAAUGUUCAGUUGCGAUAUUAAAAGCACUUGCUCACCAUUAUGAUUCAUGGAAGAAUACAGAGAUGGAUGGGGUUUUCAAGAACAGGGUUUUUUUUUUUUUGUUCCAAAUAAGUUCACUUUGUGUCUUUGUCCUUUCUGUAUUGAACACAUACAAUAAAUCAGUUUGUCUA